UGCGAAAAUGGAGGUAUACGUUCUAAUACAGAAGUAUUUCCUCAUUUAUUACUGUCGUGUAACGAAGGUCUGUUUGGAAACCUCUUGCGUACCAUCUGGCAUCGCCUCGUGAACCACAUUUCGGGAACCGCAGGAUUAGAGGUUAGCGUAUCCGAACUGUGAAUUCGAGGGUUCAAGUGAAGAUUGACUGUCGGAACUAGACAUGUUCGGCAGAAGUUGGGUAUUCUUAAGUGAUGCCUGUAACAAGGCGAGUGAGAGGAAGGCGCUGGAGAAAAUCGACAGAACUUGUUCAAACCAACAGGUUUGACAGCUGGAGUUACCCGUGGCUUGUUGAAAUCUUGAAAGAAAAAGAUGUGGACUGUAAUAUUCAAGAUUGUGUAACAUCGGUCAAGUUGGCAGGACAUAAGAGACACUUGAAUAAGAAGUCACUGCAGAAGCAGAAGCAGAUGCUCAAAGAAAAAGAAGAAGGGACAAUUCUACAUCAAAACAGCAAACAAGAAAACAUGUGUUUUUCUGAGAAACUUAUAACAAGUGUAGAUAAGAUACAAGUAGCAGAAAAACACUCCCUUAUCAAAGAAACUGUUUUCAAUGAUGGUAUUCAAACCUCUGAUCCAGCAAGUGCGUUGUUUUCACCUGUGUAUCAUCUUCUUCAAGACUGUGAUGGGGACCUGGAGAAACCCAACAUUACUUCAUUAGGAGCAACAGCAAUAUCUAUUGAUAUGGAGGGGGUAUCUGGUGGAUCCCUGCAUCCCCCUACUUCAGCUGUACUGGAAAUGCCUUGUGAAAUACCUGGAACUCAAGGGGUAUUUUCAGCCAGGGCUUGUCAUUCUGAAACGACACAGUACGAUAUUCAGGUGUCAGUGUAUAAUGCUAGUUACCCCUCACCUCAAGAAGCUGAAGUAGCCGAAGAAUGGGAGACUUUUAAUCCAUAUUACUUUAUCAAACAUCUGCCCCCACUUACUCCAGAAAUGCUUGCCCGAUGCCCAGCCCUUCCACUGAAAACUAGAAGUAGCCCCGAAUUUUCCCUAGUGUUAGACUUGGAUGAAACUUUGGUCCACUGUAGUCUGACAGAACUUGAAGAUGCCACUUUCACCUUUCCUGUCACGUUUCAGGAGGUGGAGUAUAAGGUUUACGUUCGCACCAGACCAUUUUUUAGAGAGUUUUUAGAGCGUGUUUCCAAGAUUUUUGAGGUUAUCCUCUUCACAGCAUCUAAAAAAGUGUAUGCCGAUAAAUUGUUAAAUUUGCUAGACCCUGGCAGAAAAUUAAUAAAGUUUAGACUCUUCAGGGAGCAUUGCGUCUGUAUCAGUGGAAACUACAUCAAAGAUCUGAGCAUUCUGGGGCGUGAUCUCUCUAAAACUGUUAUUGUGGAUAACUCACCACAAGCUUUUGGUUAUCAGCUUGAAAAUGGAAUCCCCAUUGAAAGUUGGUUUGUUGACAGAAAUGACAAAGAGUUGUUGAAGUUGAUACCCUUUCUUGAAAGCCUUGUUGCUAUGAAUCAAGAUGUUCGGCCACACAUCUGCAACAAGUACCAUUUAGCUAGUUUUCUUCCACCCGAUUAACCCAUCCUUCAACGGAAUCCUGCCGUACAUUGAGGAACAUCAUCACGCUGCUUUGGAAUCGCUCUUCUUUGUUUUGUUAUUUUAGUAGGUAAAAACAAACAAAAAAAAAGAAUUUUUAGUGUAAGUUUGCUUUCUGUCGAGGUACUGUUAAAGGUCUUAGCUUUUUUUUUUUCUAUAUAUGUUUAAAUAUAUAUAUAUAUACAUUUAGGAUGGCCUUAAGUUUAUUUGACACUGUUUCAAUUGCAUCUUCUUUCAUACAAGAAGAAAAAAAUUUUAGUUAAAUAUAAUUUUUAACUUUGUAGCAGAAAUGUUGAUUAGUAAGUGCGUAGUUAUGUUCGAUCAUUUGACCGUAGCAAAAAGAUGAAACCGUUUUUGUAACAAUCUUGGACCAUAUCUUUGUGAUAAGUCUUUCGUCAUACAAGAUAUAGAGGAAGCAAGAGUUACUUUUGAAUUACAUUGUAUAUAUAUAUAUAUAUAUAUAUAUAGGUAGCUUUUUUAGGUUUUACUCAUUUGUUUUAACCUAAGACAUUGUUUGUUAGAUGUGUAAUUCCCAUGUUAAAAUCAUGUUUUACAAAACCAAAUAUCAUAUUGUUACCCUUGAAUCUUUAGUUUCUGAAAAACAAAAUUACUUGAUUUCUUCAAACAAAUAUAAUGAACAUGUAUAUAACUUUUUAAACAUUUUUCAUCUAAGUAAAUUAAUAUUACGACACAUUUUUUGUAACAGUUCUCGGUCUUAACUCCUUACUGUCUCUGCUCUAAGUUUUUGAACAUAGACUCAUAAAAUAGAACUAAGUCCAUUUAUUCAAGAUAGAAAUUAAUAUUGGGGGAAGUAUUCUUCAGUAGAGAGAGAGAGUGUAUAACUGCUUUAUUUUUUCCCACAGAACUAUCAGUUUUAUAAUAUAGAUAUUUAAAAUACCGACGGAACGUGAAGUGUCUUUAAGUUGAAACUAAUUCAGAUGCACCAUUUUAAGGAUAUACUAAACCAGUUAAAAUAAGAUGAAAAUGAAAAAAAAAUGUCAUCUUCAUCUACCAGGUGAAACAUUUUUUUAUAGCUAGCUGUAACUUUAACCCUUUUUAUAAUAUUUUAAAAGUAGAUUUCUGUUUUUAAUGUGAUUUUACCAGCUCUUCUCUUGACAAAGAGAAGGAUGUAUAAUGAUUUCACAGUUGUGCUCCUCCAACCGAGUUUUAACAUGCAUUUGGUCAAAUAAACACUCUAAGUAAAAAACAUUAAGUUGCAUUUCAGUAUACCACUUCUGAAAUAUUUAGGACUCAAAAUUGUAAUAUAAUGCAAUUUUUUAGGUUUUUAAUUUACUAUGUAAAUUGCAUUUGCUUUCCCCCCCUUUUUUUUUCAAUAGUUUGAUAUAUUUUACACUUUUUUGAAACUGACAAUCCAACCAAGGCUUCUUGAAUUGUUAUGAGACAGGCUGUAAUGACUCUUACCAGCUUGUGUUACUGUGUGUGUGUAUAUAUGUAUGUGUAUUUUAAUCUUUAUUUUCCACAUUCUGUUAUUGUGCAGUGAUAGAUUCUUGAAUUCUCCACCUUGUGGUCUGAUACGUAGUUAAGGCAAACCAUUUUCUAAAUACGUGAAAAUUAUUCAUGAAUAUUUUGUUUUAUUUUUUUCCCAAAGAAAUUAUUGUUAAUAUUACAUUUCUGUGUAUGUAGAAAUUUUAUUAAAAGUUUAUUUUGAAAAAAAAAUAACAUACAUAAAUGUUUAGCAACUUAUCCAGUAAUGCUCGCCACAUUUUGUUUGUCACGACAUCUCACUAUUAUCAGUUGUAUUGAUAUAUAAAAUGUGGAAAAUUGGUUUGUUUAUAAUAAUAUUCCUAUGGUAUCAUCAUCAUUGACUUCAUUGUAAAAUAGAUAAGAGGAUUUGAUUGGUAUUACUAAGACAUCAUGCGUGUCAAAUCAGGCUUUCUAGCAGCUGUACCAGAAACUCUGAGGAAUAAUUAGCUUCGUCGUGUAAAAACUUCUUGCAAGUGGAUCGUAUACCAGUAUCUAGAGACACAAACUUAAUGUGAUUCCAAACAAAUGGAAGUAACAUACCUAAUAGAUGAGCAUUGUUACCGUUACGUGACGUUACUCACAAGUCAGAUCGUUCAAGCUGCUGCGCGAUACCCAUUCCAGUGUUUAUUUGGUGCCUAAAAGAAUUUAAAACUUUUUUUUUUUUUUUGGCAACCAUCAUUGUUCAACCUGGAAUACCAUGCUGCCACAAUGCAGGCUUUGAAAUUAAUAUUAUAGUAAACUGUUUAGGUACACGAAGAAGAGUGUAACAUCUAGAAAUAUUCUUUCAUAAUACUGUAGUAAUUUUCGUACUAACUUCUGAACUAGAAGCAAGGAAAAUUCUACAAUUAAUUAUAAGCAACACAAUAUUAAGAACAAAUCCACAUCUGCCCCCCCCCCUUAGUUAUGCUAAUUGAUUACUAAUAUAUCAAUAGUGUAUAUUCUAAGUGUCAAAAUACACUUCUCAUCAACGUGUAGAAUUAUGGUUUUAAUACACCAGUGUUUAGUAAUCCACUGUUACUGGCUUAAUAAAUGAUGUCUUAGUCUUCAAAUACAAUAUUACUUUGUAACAGGUGCAGUGAAUUGAUAAAUGCAUUUCUAUAUUAACCUCUUCAAAUUGAUGCACUUGGCUUGGACUGCAGUACGUCAAAAUAUAGACGCACGAAAAUGAAGACUCGGAACUAACCAGUCUUUAAAUCUCAUGUUCUAAACAUUCAGCGUUUCUACUAAUAUGACCAUGUCAAUCAAACAAUUGACUACAAUGUCUACAAGAAGUAGUUACAGUGGCAGGAUAUGAAUGACAUUAUACAUAAAAUAAAUACAGGUAUUUGCAGUACUUGUUAAGUUUACUAUCACUGAUAACUGUAAACCAGUCUUUGACAAAAGUAUCAACAAAAUCAUGUCACAGAACCUGAAUACUGGUGAAAAGUCCUGGAAGUUUAUGGUAUAUAAUUCGUGACAUUUUUGAAAUUUGAAUAAAAUGUUAGGAAAAAUCCUGGAAUUUUUAGGUAUGCCAGAAAGCCUGAGAAAAAGAUAAACCAUUAAACAAAAAACUGGACUCAAUGAGUAAUCCCAGAAAGCAGUCAUUUCUUUUUCAGAGAUUAUUUGGGAGUUAAAUUUUUAAGAUUUUAAAUAUUCCAUUUUAUCAACAGAGAAAAACUUUUUGUAUUUGAAUUAUAAAUAUGUAUUAUCUUUUUUAAACUUUAUAUGGAGUGGAAAAUUAAAUAAUGUAUUGAUAUUAUCAGUACAAAAACCCUAACGAACAAAACGUACAGUAAGGCUACGAAGAUGAAAAGAAACGAGUGAGACAAUGUACAAGUGGAAACAGAAAUCUUAGUAAAUUAUCAAGUUCUCCACUCGUUACAGUAAUAAUGAACAAAAGGUACAGUAAGGCUACGAAGAUGAAAAGAAACGAGUGAGACAAUGUACAAGUGGAAACAGAAAUCUUAGUAAAUUAUCAAGUUUUCCACUCGUUACAGUAAUAAUGAUUAUUUCUUACCUCUUUUUCUUCUAACUCCCACAAGAGUAAACUGGUCAACCCUAACUUGGGAUAAGGGUACCAAAAAACAGCAGUCAUGCCUUCCAUACACAAACUAUAAUAUCACUGGUCUCAAAAUUUCUGGAGUGAAGCCCCAUUUAAUAAAACAAAUGAUUAGAAUUUCAGUGUUAUAUACCAAAAUGUCUUACUUGUGUACAUGCAUUGUCUUGUUUGUUUUUUCACAUCCUUAAUGUACUUUUUUUUGUCCGUUAGUGUUUUUGUAUUGAUUGUUUAGAGGUUUUUAUUUUGUCAAGAAGCAUCCAAUAAUCUGCAGGUACAUCUAAUUACAAUUUUAAACAUAAGUAUCAUAAUGUACCAAAGGUAAAUUUAUUGACCACUGGUCAUGUGUGACCACUACUGGUUUUAGUGGGUCAAGUUUACUAAUUAUAACUGUGGUAUAAACCUAUAGUGGUAUACCUAGGAAUCUAUAAAGGGCCAUCUUUUCUCAUGUAUUGUUAAUAUUUGUUACUCAGGUUACACUAGGCUUCAACCAUAAUCAUUAGAUAAUGACAACAAAAGUUGACAUCAGGUUACUCUAGGCUUCAACCAUAAUCAUUAGAUAAUGACAACAAAAGUUGAAUCAGGUUACUCUAGGCUCCAACAAAAGUUGACAUCAGGUUACUCUAGGCUUCAACCAUAAUCAUUAGAUAAUGACAACUAAAGUUCCAAGUCAGUAAAAUUUCCAACCUCUCUACUAAUAGCAAUCGUGCAGUGACAUAUUCUAAAUAUCAAAGAGCACCUAACAGAUAAAACUGAUAUUUGUAUAUAUAUUAAAGUCAGUUAAAGCUGUAUGCUGAAACACCUUGUAUGAACAAGUAGAACUGUACAUAUAUAUACAAGUUCUCUUAUUAAUUAAAGCUUAAUAAUUAAUGCUAUUUUAUAAUAAACAUAUACAUGUAGGCUUUUAAGACAUGAAAGAAAAUAUUGUUCUGAAAGGUUUGUUUUUAACUGUGGAUAUUAUAUGUUAAAACACUCGGUUAUGGCCCACCUUAAUACACAGUACUGUGUCUUUUUGAUAGGAAACCAAUAAUUCAAGUAGUUAAUACAUUAUUAAUACAUAGUUUUAAUGGAGUUUUCUCAGCUAGUUUGAAAACUUUAUGGCUAUUAAUUUGAAGUACUGUUAUGUAAUUCAGUUUUGCAAACGUUUAUGUAUGUGAACAAGUUACCAUUUUAAAUCACCGUGCUUCAAUUUGGGAACAGAAGUGUUCAAUUGAUGGAAAUUUAAUGAUACUUUUUGUGGGAAAAGCUUAUAUAUAUAUAUUCUUAUUUUUUAUGUAGAAAUAUAGACUCGUUAUAUGGGAAAGGUAGAGCAUAGAGCAAUGUUUUUUUUGUAAACAGCAGAAGCAUAAAUGAAAUGUAUUCAAUUUGUUAUUUAAACGGUAACGGCAUGUUGGUUUACGGAUUUAGUAUUUUACACAUUUUAGAAUGUUAUUCGAUUUCAAACUGUACCGACUGUUUUAUAUUACGAGAUUAUUAAAGUUCCGGAACAUACAUCUAUCGAUAACUUGGAGUUUCUUACAUUUUAACACGCUUGGCCCGUUAGAAAUAUUGAAUAUGGACAAUUAUAUUUGUAAUCACUGUACAGGUUCCUUUGUCCGGUAAAAUCAACUACAUAUUCUUGCUAGAUCAAAGUUUGUCCAGAGAUCUCUCCGUUUUCUUUACCCAUCUUGUGUAUUUUAUGGCCAAAAUUAUUAUAGUGUAACCCUGACAUUCAUGUUACUUAUCAGGGUUCUCCCAUUAUUAAAUGUUCUGUUACUUUGUUUAUAUUACAAUUCUUGAAACUGACAAAGGAAGUGGUACUGUGAUAAUGAAUAGAAGAAAAAAAAAGUGUAUUUGUCAGCAGUUUAUUACUUUUUGUCGUAAAAAAGUGUUUUACAUCAUAAGACUGUUAAAAACAUUGUAUUCUCCCCAAUUUCAUAGGUAUUUUAGAAUAAGUAAAAAUCACAAGGUAAAAAUUAAUUUGAUAUAAAGCGAACUUGUAUUGAAUUUGUAGCUGUACUUUUGUUAGAAGUUUUCAACAAAUACUUCUCAGGCCAAAGUAUUUUUGCAGCGAGUGAUUGGGGUAAAUUAAUGACAUAUUUAAUAUUCCAAUGAUAUUUGGCAAGACAAAAAUUAUAGAUGUUUAUUUUUGGAACAUUGGCUACUUAUGUAUGUUGUUUUUGUCAUUACACAGUAAACUUUAUUGUACUGAUCUGUGUACACAAAAAUCAACAUAUUUAGAGAGGAAUAAAUGUUUGUUGGCACUUGUAA